CAGUCAGCGCGUCGCGUCUGCAGCUACCUCAGCUCGCCUUCUGUCCGUGAUGGCGGAGCGCAGCGGCGACGGUUGUUCCGCGCAGUCAGGCUAGAGCCCUAACGAGCCCCGGUACCGGCCGGACCAGACGACGGGAUGCUGCUGAGUGGCAUUUAGACCGGCGUGAUGACGGAGGAGCGCUGUCCUCAGCUGGUGGAUUAUUUCGUGGUGGCGGGUCUGUCAGGCGCCGGGUCUCCACUGGACGAGGAGGGUCAGCAGAGGGGCGUGAGAGCGCUGCAGCCCGUCACUGAUCUGGCUGUGAUCGCCCGCGGUCUCGGGGAAGACGUUCCUGAGGGAUUCACCUGCAUUGAGAAAACACAAGCAGGCCAUCCGGCGGAGCUGAGCGCAGGCCUGCUCAACAACACACACAUGUUCCUGUGCUACCGCAGAGGACACGACAAACCACCCGUCGUCGAGCUCGGUGUUCUGUACGAGGGCAAGGAUCCGGUCCGGUCCGGAUGGCAGGUGAUCGAGACGACCCCGUACAGUCGUUCUGCGAGCCUGAGCUCCGGCGGUCCUGCGACGCACCGCACUUUCCUGAUGUUCCGCCGAGCGCCGGACUCACAGGCGCUGAACACGCUGGGCAUCACUGAGAUCUCGCUGCUGAUGCCUAGCAAGGGCGAGACGGCGCCGCACACCUACUGCAGAGUGGACAAGAACCUCAACACCGGCAUGUGGGGUCCAGCGCUGUAUCUCUGCUACAAGCGUUCAGUGGCUAAAGCAAACGCUCUGGUGUAUGAGGCAGGUCUGAUCAGUCGCUAUCCUGAGGAGGAUCUGGAGUCGUUUCCGCUGCCGGACUCUGUUCCGGUCUUCUGUCUGCCGAUGGGAGUGACGGUGGAGAGCUGGCCGCUCAACACUAAAUACCAGCUGCCCAUCUUCUCCACCUUCGUCCUGACCAGCGCCUCCGGAGACAAGGUGUACGGCGCUGCGAUCCAGUUCUACGAGGCGUACCUGCGCGAGUCUCUGUCGGAGCGUCAGUGUGUGCGUCUGGGUCUGCUGAGCGUCGUGGACCGGCAGCCCAUCACCAACCGCAGCGUUCAGGUCAAGAAGAGCAUCUGCGUUCUCUCACACUGGCCCUUCUUCAGCGUCUUCCAGAAGUUCCUCACCUUCAUCUACAGAUACUCCAUCUCUGGACCGCAUGUUCUGCCGCUGGAGAAGCACAUCUCGAGCUUCAUGCACAACGUCCCGUUCCCGUCCGCUCAGCGUCCUCGGAUCCUGGUGCAGCUCUCUUCAUAUGAUAAUCUGCUGCUCUGUCAGCCCGUGUCGUCUCCGCUGCCGCUCAGUGGGGCCAGUUUUGUGAAGCUGCUGCAGAAUCUGGGUCCGGAGAACACGUGUUCGCUGCUGCUGGCGGUUCUGACCGAACACAAGCUGCUGCUGCACUCGCUGCGGCCCGAUGUUCUGACGUCCGUCAGCGAAGCGCUCGUCUCCAUGCCGUUUCCUCUGCGCUGGCACUGCCCGUAUAUCCCGCUGUGUCCGCUGCGGAUGGCAGACGUGUUGUGCGCGCCCAUGCCCUUCAUCGUGGGCGUCCACUCCAGCUACUUCGAGCUUUACGAUCCGCCGACUGACGUGGUGUGUGUGGAUCUGGACACCAACACCGUCUUCCAGUCUGAAGAUAAGAAGCCUCUGUCCUGCAGGACACAAACACCCUUCAGAAGACGGUUGAUGGUUUUCUCCGGGUGUUUCUCAGGGUUCCUGAAGUCUCGCGAUCGAACGCAGCAGAAGUUUUACACGCAGCUCACGAAGACGCAGAUGUUCACGCAGUUCAUCGAGGAGUGUUCGUUCGUCAGCGACCGCCACGGCUGCCUCGAGUUCUUCGACGAGUGCGUGCAGAAGGUGGACGUGGAGAAGCCGGAGGACGUGCGUCUGAUCGACCGUGACGAGUGUCACAGCGGUGAACAUACAGUGUUUAUUAUGCCUCCGGAGGAGCCACAGGAAGCCGACGGCUCCGAGUGUCCUGCACACUACAGCUAUGACACGUUCCCGGUCCUCCAGUCGGAUCUAUUCGAUCGGCCGCAGGAUCCGCUGCGGACUCCAGCUAAAGGAAGUGCCCCCAGUAGCCCCGCCCCCCGCCGCACCAAACAGGAGAUAAAGCUGGCACAGAAGAAGGCGCAGAAGUACUCGACGGUGCCGGAGAUGUGGUCCAAAUGCCUGCUGGGUCACUGCUACGGACUCUGGUUCAUCUGCUUACCAACAUUCGUCAGAGCAGAGAGCACUAAAGUCCGAGUGCUGCACGCUGCAUACGAGGUGCUCAAACACAUGGAGACACGCAAGGUGGUGCUGCCAGACGAGGUGUGUUACCGUAUCCUCAUGCAGCUGUGCGGUCAGUACGGUCAGCCGGUUCUCGCGGUCAGAGUUCUGCUGGAGAUGAAGCGGGCGGGAAUUACACCCAACACCAUCACAUACGGAUACUACAAUAAAGCGGUGCUAGAGAGCAAAUGGCCAUCCACCAAUCAGGGAGGGCGUCUUCGCUGGGCGAAGCUGCGUAACGUGGUAUUGGCCGUGGCUCAGUUCAGGCAGCCAAUCAGACAGCAGCAGAGGAGCGCAUCAUUCAGCACCCCCGCAGAAGACGCACUGUCCAAGCCCCGCCCCUACUCGGCUCUGAUUCGUCAGUCCAGCUGGAGCGGGUUGAGUGAAAGCUCGAGCCAUGAAUCGCUGAUUAGUCUGGCCAAGAGCAACAGUCUGAGCAGCGUUCAGCCGUCAGGAAGCAAGCUGAAGCUGUUAAAGAAAGCAGCAGCGCAGACGGCCGCAGCCUCGCACAAGCCUCCCGCCGGCCGGCGCGGCACGCUGAGUCCUCCGGCGCCUGUGCUUGUGCGCCGCAGCGACGUCUGCCUGUCCACCUUCUACAGAGACUGCGCAGAGAACGCAGACGCAGACUGCAGGUGUCAGCCGGAGAGAGACAGCAGGUCGGUGGAAGUGAGGGAGACUCUGAACAGGAAGUCGGUGGAUGAAAACUACAACAACGUGUCGUCUCCGAGCCGCGGUCUGGCCGGGAAACUGCAGCAGCUGCUGACGCCCACGAGGAACCGUGCAUCGGUGCGCCGAGCCGCUAGCGUAGACGACCGGCGGCCGGGAGCGAACGGACACUCGCGCCAGAAACCCUCGCGCAAGAGCCAGAUGACCGAGAGUCUGCUGAAGGCCAAGGAGCGGCUGUACAACGCCACGUCUGAGAGUUCUCUGUCUGUAGGGAGUGACAUUGACAUGACGGACAUCCAGACGCUGGUGGUUCCUCACAGGAAGUCGUGGGAUUCUGCACAGGAAGGGGCGGGCAUUGAGGUGCUGAUGUCGAGCUGCUCGCUGUGCCGCAGCUGUAAUUCUCUGGUGUAUGAUGAGGAGAUCAUGGCCGGCUGGUCGUCUGAUGACUCUAAUCUCAACACCACCUGUCCGUUCUGCUCCGCGCCGUUCGUGCCGCUGCUAAACGCAGAGAUCUGUGACCUGGGGCCCGUCUGCAGCGUGGAGCGCAGUAACCUGAGUGCGGAGGAUGAUCUGGAGAAUAUCAUGCGUCCUCCCUCCGCUCCGGACGACACACUGCAGCACCUGUGCAACGGCGUCAGAGAGACGGACUCCAGCUCUGAGACCAGCAGCCAAUCAGUGAGCAGCGUACCGUCGGUGGGCGGAGCCCCGCAGGUGACGGUGGCGUACCUGAGCCCGCUGGUGCUGCGCAAGGAGAUGGAGAGUCUGCUGGAGAACGAGGGUGAGGCUGUUCUCUCUCAGGUCCAGCUGCUGGACAGUCACUCCAUCCUCUUCUGGAAUCUGGUGUGGUACUUCACUCGCCUCGGCCUGCCCAGUAACCUGCUGCAGCUGCUGCGGACGUCUCCGCUGACCGCACGCCUCACACAGGGGUCAGAGGGCACGGCGGUGCGUGUGAGGCUGCUGUGGGACACACUGACCCCGGAUACGGAGCAGUGGCCGCCGCUCUACAUGCUCUGGAAGAUUCACAGUGGCGUCCCCAUGCGCAGCCACAGCUGGCGGCAUCACAACCAUCCCUUCAACCUCAGCUUCCUGGAGGAAGUGCUGCGCUGUAUCGGCAUGAACGAGGUACACAAGGCCAUCACGCUCUUCCUGGAUACGGUUGCUAAGCAGCCCGGCACUCCGCGGAUACAGAGGAGUCUGUACAGAGAGAUGCUCUUCCUCACGCUGGCCGCCAUGGGCAAAGAUCACGUCGCUUCGUUUGAUAAGCGUUAUAAGGCAGCGUACCUGCGCUUGAGCAGUUCUCUGGGCCGAGAGGAGCUGAAGAGGAAGAGAGUCCAGCCGCCCAGUCCUAAAGCCGUCGACUGCAGACGCUGCUUCCUGCUGCCGCUGGAGUGCUGAUCACACACACACACACACACUCCGCUCGUCUCGUCUUUCCGUCGUCUUCACGCUGCUUGAGGAGGAACCGC